GCAUCUCACCUCUUGAUUCGCCAUCCACGCAAACCCACCGCGCCACCGCCACGCACGCACCCGAAGGAGAAGGUAAGGGAAGGUAGGGGACGAGAUGGAGGCGGCGGCGGCCAUGGACUUCCACGCGCUCUCGCGCCGCGAGCUCCAGGCGCUGUGCAAGCGCAACGGCGUCCGCGCCAACAUGACCAACGCCGCCAUGGCCGAGGCGCUCCAGGGCCUGGCCUCGGUCGAUGGGAUCGAAGAGAUCGGCACGACGCUCUGCCUCCCCACGCCGGGGAGGUCGGCGAUGAAGUCGGCGGCGAAGAAGACGGAGCUGACUGAGGAGGAGCAGCAGCAGCACGGUAGCCCGCUCCCGCGCGGCCGCCGCGUGUCUGUGAAAUCGCCCGAGGCCAUCCGGAUGGAGGUCGAGGAGGGCGAGGACGAGAAGAAGCGGGAUCUGGUGAAGGAGAUCGUAAGGACCCCAGGCGUGGCACUGCGCAGCACCAGCCGUCGCGCGCGGGCCACGCCCGCGACGACGAGGAGGGCCCCGGCGCGGAAGGCGGAGGAGGUGGCACCAACUCCAGCCACCCUGCGGAGGAGCCAGAGGACCGCGGCUCGGAAGGCUCCGGCACCCGUGGAGGAGGAGCAACCCGCCGAAGAUGUGUCCGCCGCAAAGAGAGCGACAAGGUCCACGAAAUCCAAGAUGACGAUGGCUUUAGACCAGGAAGACGAGGUGGUGGCAGCCGCAUCAAAGGAGAAGGUGCAGCAAGAGGAACCGAAAGCCAUCGCCUCUGAUGUGCGAUGUGAUGACCCCGAUGAGGACGAAGUUACCAAGCUUCCGGAAGGAGACAACAAAGAGGAGGAAGCAGAGGAGGGCCAGGAAGCUGGUUCUUCUGAUGCGGCCAUUGGGUCUGCAGUACCUUCAGAUAAGAGUUGCGAUGAUACUAAGAUGGAGGAAGAGAUGGUUGUGAUGGAGGAAGAGGACACAAAGCCCCAGGAAGGAGUUGUGGAAGAAAAGGAACCAAACAGUGUCGAGAAGCCUUCUCCAUUGGCAACCAUGGAGGAUUCACCAAUCCUAGGUGUCCUGUCCAAGUCUGAAGCCUCAGAACCAGUCAUUCAGAAGGCACAAGAUGCCACACUUGAAGAUGAUGAAGGCUACGCUGAAUGGUCACCUGUGACAAAGGUUGCUGAUGAGAUCGAUGCUGAUGAGAUGCCUCAAGCUGGACUGGAAGAUGAUGAGAUCGGUGAAGAAGAUGAGGAAGAUGACCUUAUUGAACUGAAAGGAGAGGCUGAUGAUGACAUGCCACAGUCUGAACUGGAAGACGAUGAAACAAGUGAAGAAGAUGACCUCACUGAACUGAAAGAAGGGGCUGCUGCUAAGAUGUUGCCGGCUGAACUGUCAGACGAUGAAACCAGUGAUGAAGAGGAGGAAGAUGACCUUCCUGAACUGAAAGAAGGGACUGCUGCUAAGAUGCCGCAGGCUGACCUCUCAGAUGAUGAGACAAGUGAAGAAGAUGACCUCACUGAACUGAAAGAAGAGGCUGCUGCUAAGAUGCUGCCGGCUGAACUGUCAGACGAUGAAACCAGUGAUGAAGAGGAGGAAGAUGGCCUUCCUGAACUGAAAGAAGGGACUGCUGCUAAGAUGCCGCAGGCUGACCUCUCAGAUGAUGAGACCAGUGAAGAAGAUGAGGAAUGGGCUUCAGAUGACGCUGAGGCCUCUGAGGAAAUUAACACCUCUGAUGAGAGCGAUCAAGAGGCUGAUGAGACUGAUGAGGAGACUGACACUGCUGAUGUGGUCCAGAUGUUGCAGGGAACUGUGAUUGCUGAAGAGGUCAAUGAAGAUGCUUCUACUGAAGAUGAUGAUUUCAGCGGUGACCUACCACCAGAGUUUGACAAUGUUGCAAUAUUCAAUGAUUCUGAUGUUAAGAGUGAUAUUGCUGCUCCGGUGCUUGAAGAAAACCAGACUUCUGUGAAAUCCCUGGAUGAUUCUGCCAUCACUGAAGAGCAGGAGGCUGAUGCUACUGAAAAAGCAAUGAAAGAGAUUGACACCAUUGUGAAGUCCCUCGAUGAAUUCACCAUCAAGGAGGGAGAAGCAAAGGAGGAGAUGCAUAAGCUGCCGCAAGUUGAUGAUUUUGAAAGCAUGAGCCUGAGGAAGCUUCAGGCCACAUACAAGGAACGUCUUAUUGCUUCAAAGGAGGCCGCCAAAGGGAAGAGGCUGCCGCUCGAGGAGGUGGAUGAGAAUGCCUUCGGCGACUGCUGAACGGCACAGGUGGAUAAGUGGAAAUCGAGAAGUUUUGUGAGGAUAGCAUCUGCAGCGACGGGAUUGAAUAAAGGCUGCUCUGGUUGUGAAGUGAUAACUAGGCUACUGUUCAUUUCCAAAAAAAUUCAUGCGUCAGAGGAGGUCGUGGUCCGGUGUGAAACCGUGGUUUCAGCCAACGAACUUGCAGUUUUUGCUGGUUCUAUCUUUUUUACAUGUAUUUAUUCAGUUACAUGUAAAACCGUGGAUGUGAGAUGAUGAAGAUGAGACUAUUUCGUCGGUUAACGUAUAAUAUGGUCAUAUGGAUGUCUUGAGUACCUCA